AUGUUUCAAACUGAAGAUCAAAAAAGUAAAUUUUUAAAGAAAGGAGAUUCUGGGAAUGAUUUGACCAAAAAAAUCGUCGAGGAGAUGUCAAAGACCCGAACCGCCGUCAUGAAGUUGUUCGACUGUGAAAACUCGGAAAACUGUUUCUCCCCGAACGUUUGUAGAAUGUUCAAAGAAACGACUAAUGGAAUGGGAUGGAUGGAAAGACAAGAAACUGAAGCAAAGGUUGUGACCUUUAUUGCGACGCUCCGUAAAGGUGCCGAUAACGACGCAAGACGAGGAAUGAGAAGAGAGGAGCAGACUCUUUGCCCCCGAAGCGAGCCAGGACCGUCUAUGGGAUAUGUACCAUUCAAUGAGGAGGAUUCGGAUUUGUUCAAGCUGCAUUAA